ACGCGGACAGGAGGAAGUCCAUAUAAAGGGCUCGAUGGUCGGAGCGACUGACAUGGGUUUUUUUUCCUUUGGGGUUUUCUUUUUACCCCCGUGUUCAGCAGCCAUGAGGUGAAUGAGACACAGUAAAGCAGGAAAGAACAAGUCAGGACUGUCUUUGUUGUUCUUGAGGGAAGCAGGAAGGUUCCGGGCUUCGUUACCUGAGGGGGGUCUCUGACGCGGGGCUCGUCCGGUGCGCGUCCUCGCUGCCCGGAAACGUUUCCUCCGGCGGACAGCUGCCGGUGAUGUCCAGAUCUUAGAAGCCGACUGAAACACCCCCGCCCGUCAUGGACUCCAAGAAGCCGGGCGUGCUGCGGCAUAUCCGCCAGAAGCUCGUCUUGCCCACCCUCCGGCGCGGCAAGACGAGCACAAGCGGGCAUCUCGUUCAUCUCGCUCACACCAUGGACCAUCGGAUGAGCUCCUCCGCCCCCGACAUACACAACAUGAGGCAGCGGUCCGACUCUCCGUGCCACAGCAGCCCCUCCACGCCACUCGUCCAGUCUGCUCAAGGGCCGGGAGGAGGUGGGAGUGGUCUGGUGAUGAGAGCAGCUGCCGGAGGGGAGUCAUUCAACGGCCUCUGUGUGAAGGAGAAGGGCUCUCCAGAGAACGACUACAGACCCGGGAGCGGCAUGGAGCCCGAGGAGCUGGCCCUGCCGGAGAUGAUGACCGUGUACAGCCCAGAACAAGUGGAAAUGUCCCAGGACGGCUCACAGUAUAAUAAUCAGGAUUUCAACGGUCACGGGGACAACCAACAUUGUGAGACGGGCAACGAGACCCAGAUGUCGGAGAGCGUCAAGGACCACCACAGGUCCUUCCUGCUCACCAUCAACCUGAAGGAAGGACACAACCUGGUCAUCAGGGACCGCUGUGGUACCAGCGACCCGUACGUGAAAUUCAAAUUGGACGGGAAGACGAUCCACAAAAGCAAAGUGGUUUACAAGGACCUCAACCCCAAAUGGAAUGAGACCUUCUCCCUGCCUGUGAAGGACCUGAACCACAACCUGUACAUCAGGGUGUACGACCGUGAUCUGACCUCUGAUGACUUCAUGGGCUCUGCCAGCAUCGCCCUCAGUGAUCUGGAGAUAGACAAGCACAGCGAGAUGUCUUUGCCCUUGAACGACCCGAACAGCCUGGAGGAGGACAUGGGCAACGUGCUACUGGACAUCAAUCUGUCACUCCGAGACGGAGACGGCAAAAGGCACAUUUCGGGAGCCCAUCUUCCUCAUAGCCUUCGUCAUUCGGAGACACAGAAGAGUCAGCUGUGGACCUCCGUUGUGUCGGUGAUUCUGGUCGAGGGUCAGGGACUGCCGAUGGACACUCAUGGAGGUCAGCUCUAUGUUAGCUUCAGACUGGGAGACCAGAGACACAAAAGCAAGAAUCAAUGCAAAGUGUCCAACCCUCAGUGGAAAGAGAAGUUCACCUUUAACCAGUUCCCGGACAGGCCAGACAACCUGGAGGUGGAGCUCUGGUCCAAGGAUGGACGAAGGCACGAGGAGUGUUUGGGAACGUAUGGCGUUGACCUAUCCAGGAUGCCAUUCAAUCAGAGGCAGCUGAUCACAUACACCCUGGACCAGGGGAGUGGGCACUUGGUCCUCCUGGUCACACUGUACACGUGCAGCAGCGCCUCCAUCUCUGACCUCUGUGCCGCGCCGCUCGAUGAACCUCAAGCACAUCAGACCCAGCUGGACAACUAUAGUUUGAAAAGGUCCCUGAAAAAUCUCCGCGAUGUUGGUUUCCUUCAAAUCAAAGUUAUCAAGGCUACAGAUUUGCUGGCUGCGGAUUUAAACGGCAAGAGUGAUCCCUACUGUGUGUUGGAGCUGGGGAACGACAGACUGCAGACCCACACAGUCUACAAGAACCUCCAACCGGAGUGGAAUAAAGUCUUCACAUUCCCUGUCAAAGACAUUCAUGAUGUUCUGGUGGUGACCAUCUUUGACGACGAUGGAGACAAGGCGCCAGACUUCCUGGGGAAAGUUGCCAUUCCCCUGCUCACGAUCCACAAGGGACAGCCGAUCACCUUCCCGCUGAAGAAAGCGGACUUCGAUGGGCUGUUUAAGGGGUCCGUCACUCUGGAAAUGGAGGUUAUUUUUAACCCUGUCAGAGCCGGUAUAAGAACCUUCCAACCAAAGGAAAAGAGAUUCAUGGAGGAUAAUCCCAAAUUUUCCAAAAAGGUGCUGGGCAGGAACGUGACGCGUGUUCAGAACCUGUUCAAGGACGUCACGUCGUCUGGGCAGUACAUCAAAAGCUGCUUCCAGUGGGAGAGCGUUCAGAGGAGCCUGCUAGCCUUCCUGGUGUUCGUGGUGACGGUGUGGAACUUGGAGUUUUACAUGCUGCCCCUCUGCCUGGUGCUGCUCAUCGCGUGGAACUACCUAAAGAUCCGGACCGGUUGGGCCAGUCAGGACUUGCACAUGGAUUUGGGGGAUGAAGAUGAGGAUGAUGAGAAGGAGUCGGAGAAAAAAGGGCUGAUAGAGAAAAUCCACAUGGUCCAAGACACCAUCGUCAUCGUUCAAAACGUAAUGGACGAGGUGGCCUCCUUUGGGGAGAGGAUUAAAAACACGUUCAACUGGUCGGUGCCGUUCCUGUCCGGCCUGGCUUUCCUGACCUUUGUCAUUGCAACAAUCCUCACAUACUACAUCCCUUUGCGCUAUGUCAUUUUGAUAUGGGGUAUCAAUAAAUUCACCAAGAAAUUACGGAAGCCGUACGGCAUUGACAACAAUGAGGUGCUUGAUUUCCUGAUGAGGAUGCCUUCAGAUGUGCAAAAGGUUCACUACAGUGAGGUGAGAGACAGCAAGAAGAAGAAACGCGUGUAGGCGUCCUACUCCAAAACCAUUUCCAGAGGAUGUGCCCGUCUCGGGGGGGGGGGGGGGGGGGUUGUAGGUUUGAAUCCUAACCCGCUGUCCGCCGCUCGGCACCGCUCGUAUCCACCAGCGCCUAAAGACUCUCCGACCAAAGAAGUCCAUACGGAGGGACCGCGCAGAGAUUACGCAAGAGCAACUUGUAAUAUUGUUUUGGAAGAUGUUGUUUGUACAGAUAACUGUUUAAGCCAAUCAACUCAGGCCCAGGUUGUGUGUGUCCUCCUUGAAACCAGCUGAAAUAUCCAUUUGUGUUAUACUGAAUGUAUAUGUCACAUUUGUGUGUAUAUUUUUUUACCUUAUCUACAUUGACAGAAGUCAAUACUUUUAUCCAGUAUUUGAAAAGAAAGAUGAAAGACAUUUCAUUAUGGAUGCUUUAAUGUCAUCACAAGGCGUUUUAAUACAAAUCGGGGGGGAGGCAUCUUGAAGUACAAGGUAUUUGCGAAUUUUUGAACAUUAUGAUGAAUUGAUGUAACAAUUAUUGUGCCUUUUGUCCAUACAGCAACAGAAGUUGGUAGCAAAUAAUAUGCACCGUAUUCUUCUAUUUCUUACAUUAUCCUUUUAAAGAGCUAUGUGCAUACAAUAUUGACUGCCUGAUGCAAAGAUGAGUGCCUACAUUAAAUUUUUACUUUUCAUUUAUACUGCGUGGAGGGUGCUUGUAUUUGACUCUUUGCUUGCAAGUGGGAUGGGACCAGUUGUACACUGUUAACUGUAUUUAUUAUUGACAAUCACUGAUGAAGACUUUGUAUCUCAUUUUCUAGCAGCAAUAAAUGCACACAAUCACAAUUUAC